CGUGGUAAUCACGUAUAUACUGAUGUAUGUAUAGAUGUCUAUAUAAGAAAUAUAAAAAUUAUGUGUACUUAGUACUCUAAGUAAUGUAAUUGAAGAACCACAAUUAGAAGGCAGGCAGUUUUUUUGUGCUGCAGCAAAUAAAUUUAUCAGAAGAGAAUAGUUAUCGAUCAUGGGGGCAAAUAAAAUAUUAGGAACGAUCGACUAUCUGGUCAUUUCGCUGAUGAUUGCCAUCAGUGUUGGGAUUGGAAUUUACUAUCGUUUAACUGGAGGCAGGCAGAAAACAGCUGAGGAAUAUUUUUCGGCGAACCGAUCAAUGGGACCGCUGUCAGUUGGUAUUGCUUUGAUGGUGUCAUUUAUGUCUGCGAUAACACUCUUAGGAUUAUCCGCUGAAAAUUAUAUAUACGGAUCACAAUUUGUUGUUAUAAAUAUAUCUUAUUUAAUUGGUACACCAAUAGUUUGCUAUGGAUUUUUGCCAGUAUUUUAUAAACUGCAAGCAACGAGUACUUAUGAGUAUUUAGAAAGACGUUUUGGAGUACCAACGAGAUUGUUAGCGAGCUUCGUCGUGUGGCUCCAAAUGUUAUUGUACUCGGGUGUGGUGCUUUACGCGCCGGCUUUGGCCUUUGAGACGACAACUGAUCUAUCAAGAAUGAAAAGUAUCCUAUUAGUCGGCUUAGCUUGCGCUUUUUAUUCGAGUAUCGGCGGAAUAAAAGCUGUAUUGAUAACAGAUAUUUUCCAAGCAGUUUUGAUGUUUGCUUCGUUAAUUGCUGUAAUUGUCGUAGCCGCUUAUUCGGCCGGUGGCCUCGACGAAAUAUGGAACAUUGCAAGUCAAGGCGGCCGUUUAGAUUUUAACAACAUUUCUGUUGAUCCCACCGAACGUCACACAUGGUGGAGUCUUAUAAUUGGAGGACUUUGUACAUAUUUGUCACUCUAUGGAGUUAAUCAAAUUCAAGUACAACGAAUGUUAACUGUCAAGAGUCUAAGGUCAGCACAAAAGGCGCUGUGGUUCUGUUGGCCCGUUCUAACUGCACUGUCUAUCACAACAUGUUUCUCAGGACUUGCAAUGUAUAGCAAAUAUUAUAACUGUGAUCCAAAAACAGCUGGAGCAAUAAAACAAUCAGACAUGCUGAUGCCAUUCUUCGUUAUGGAAACAAUGUCUUCAAUACCCGGUUUAUCGGGUUUAUUUAUCGCCGGUGUAUUUAGUGCGGGAUUAAGUACCAUAUCAGCGGCACUAAAUGCUCUUGCGGCUGUUAGUUUGGAAGAUUAUAUAAAACCUCUGUACUUAAAAUGUACAAAAAAACAAUUCCCGCCAACAACAUCAUUGAUAUUAGGAAAAUUAAUAGCAUUUACACUCGGUAUUUUGUGUAUAGCUCUUGCUGUACUUGCUCAGUACUUAGGAGGUGUCCUUCAAAUAAGCUUGACAAUAUUUGGAGCCGUUGGCGGGCCGCUAGUGGGUUUAUUUACCCUGGGAAUGUUAUUUGAAUCGUCAAAUCAACGUGGUGCUAUGCUGGGUACUACAGUAUCACUUGUAUUUUUAUUAUGGAUCUCAUUCGGUGGUCCGCGACCACUUCCACAGACAUUACCGGUCUCCAUUGAGGGCUGCAGUAAUGACACGUUACUUUUACUCAACAAGACGCUGGAAAUGAAACAUCAAACCCUAGAUGAUUAUUUGCAUCCCCAUGUCCGGAGUAACUCGGAAUUUUUUUAUCUCUACCGACUUUCGUACAUGUGGAAUGCCCCCAUUGGUCUUGUGAUGACAGUCGUCAUUGGCAUGAUUGCCAGCAAACUGUCUCAGUGGUUUGGAUUCGAGAGCCAGCGAGCCAUGGAUCCAGAUCUUUUCUUCCCGUGUAUCGCUAAUCGUAUUCGUAAGAGGCUUGAGACUGACCCAAGUAUUACUGCACAUAAAUAUCAAUUUGAGCGUAAAGACGAGUUAGAUAAUGCCACCACGUGCUUGUGAUAUAAAUAUCGAUACUUAUUUAAAAUUUAAUUCAUAUCCCGGGACCUCAAUGAAAGCUUUGGACACAAAUAUGAGUAAUUGAGUCCACCGGAAUACUUGUAAUACCUAAGGUAUUAUUAUUAGUACAAUUUUUGUACCUAUACGGUACUUAGAUCGAAUUGCUAUAGAAAAAUUUUAGUAUUAAUAUAAUAAAAAAAUAUAUAUUUUUUGAUAAUUUAAUAAAAUAAUUAAUUGACAAUAAGGAAAGUCUACGGUUUCCGUGGCGCCGCUAAAUGACCGUAAAUUCUUGUAGAACUCUACGAAAUAAGACUUUUUUUCAAAUAGAUAUAACUUCUUCAAAAAUGGACUAAUUCAGACGUUUUUUUUUUUCAAAAUUUUCGUCUUCAAGUGCACUUUCCAGAAAAAAAUACAAAAAAAUUAGAGAUAUUAAAAUCGGUAAUGCGCGUUUUCAUCCCCCGACAAAAUAUCUCCGGACAUAACAUCCCCGAAAAAAUAUCUUUCGAUAUAAUUUUUACAAUUUUCCUGAAAAACUAGCACUCUAAAUAAGCAGUUACUUUUUAUUUAUAAAUUAUCACAAUUUCCCUGAAAAACAAGUACCCCAAUUAUUUGUGAAUAGUACAAAUAAAACAUUUAAAUAAAAUAGAGAAAUUUUGCUGAUAGGAUAUUUUGUCGGGGAUAUUAUGUCCGGAAAUAUUUUGUUGGGGGAUAUUUUGUCGGAGGAUAUUUUGUGCGUAGGAUAUUUUGUCGGGGGAUGAAAACGCGCAGAAUCAUUAAAAUCUGUGAAAUAUUUAACUUUUUUGAAAAAAUUGCAUUUUUCUCUAAAUCCAUUUUUCUCAAAAACUAAGCGAGAUAUCGAAAAAUUUUAUUCUUUAAGAAAGUCAUUUCGUCGAGUUCUACAAGAAUGUACGAUAAUUUAGCGGUGCCACGGAAACUGUAGAAUCCCCGACAAUAAAAAUAAUUGUACGUAAAUAUUUAACCAAAGUGCAGUAACCAAAUAGUUGUAAUUAUAAAACUUUACGCUGUUGAUAAUUAUAUUUUUUAAAAUUAUUUUUAUAUUUUUGACAUAUGUUAAUUUUUAUAAAUUUUAUAAAAUGUUAAUAAAUUUUUUUUUUUAAUUAAUUACCUAAAUGUUGUUAUGAAUUAAAAAAAUUUUAAUAUUUACAAAAUUAGAUCUAAAAAAUAUGACUGAUGGUAAUUUAAUAUUUACUAUUUUUUAUAAAAUAAUAGUCUCAAUUGUUUACACUCAGGAGUAUAUCAGACAUUAUACUUUAUUACU